UGGUCUCCCGGGCAACCAACCACGUUUGCACGUAACUGGAACCGCCACCCUCGCUGGCUGGAGCCUCUUUUUCAUCACGUGAUCGCGCAGGAUUGGGCAAGAUGGGGCUUGAAAUUCUUUUCUUGCAACACAAUUAUGUACGAAGUCCAAGUUUCCCUGGCCUGAUUCUGAAAGGUCCCUGGGGGAAGGUGACACUGGGCGGAACCUCCCGGACUGGAAGGACCCGAGCUCAGACCUCCAGAGGGAUCUGCCGAAAAGCUUGGCAGCAGCGGCAAGACCAGUAGCCUGGAGUGGCCAAGCUGGAGCUGGAAGUGGAGUUCCGUGGGUUCGGGGCCGCGGCUGCUGGGCAGCGCCUCCUCCAGGCCGAGACCCCGGCACAGAAUGAGCAGAAGGCGGCGGCCUCCCGGCGGCGGAGGGGCCGGGCCAGGAGCGCGCUGCGCUGGUUCUCCACCGCGGUCCUGUAUGCCGCCUUCCUGGGGCUGGGAAUGACUGUUGCCAUAUUGGGACCCACAUUUCCAGACCUGGCAAGGAAUGUGAACCGGAACAUCAGCAGCCUUUCGGAAGUCUUCGUGGGCCGCGCCCUCGGCUACUUGUGUGGCUCUGUGGUUGGCGGGGCGCUUUUCGACUAUAUGAAUCAUUUCUUACUUUUAGGGAUGUCAAUGUUGGCCACCACAAUUGGUCUUUAUCUUAUUCCUUUCUGCAAGACAGCAACAUUACUGAUUGCCAUGAUGUCUGUAUUUGGUGUUUCAUUUGGCGCUCUGGAUACAGGUGGGAACGUCCUCAUCUUGGCUCUUUGGGGGGACAAAGGAGCCCCACACAUGCAGGCCUUGCACUUCAGUUUUGCCUUGGGUGCCUUCCUGGCUCCCCUGCUGGCUAAACUGGCCUGGGGGACGACAGCAUCCGCUCAGAACCACACAGAGACAGACUUUGUCCCUCUGAUGCUGAACCGAUCCUCUGGAGCCACCUCAGACUCUCUGUUUGCAGCACCUGAGGACAUGAACCUGCUGUGGACCUAUGCUUUCAUCGGCACCUAUGUCUUAGUAGUCUCUGUCUUUCUGUUUGGUCUGUUUUGUAAGAAAUGCACGAGGCAGAAAAAAUCUAUGGCAACCGCUGAGGGAGCUCGAAGAGCUAAACAUCACAGGGCCCUGCUCUGUCUCCUCUUCCUUUUCUUCUUCUUUUACGUUGGAGCCGAGGUGACCUACGGCUCUUUCAUAUUCUCCUUUGCCACCACCCAUGUUGGCAUGGAAGAAAGUGAAGCAGCCGGCUUGAACUCCAUCUUCUGGGGGACCUUUGCAGCCUGCAGGGGCCUGGCCAUCUUCUUUGCAACACUCUUACAGCCUGGAACCAUGAUCGUAUUGAGCAACACUGGCAGUCUUGUCUCAACUUUCUUUCUGGUCCUUUUUCACAAGAGCCCUCUUUGUCUCUGGAUCGCAACUUCUGUGUAUGGAGCCUCAUUGGCAGUCACAUUUCCCAGUGGAGUUUCCUGGAUCGAGCAGUACACCGCCUUAACUGGGAAAUCCACAGCCUUCUUUGUAAUUGGCGGUACCCUGGGAGAAAUGGCUAUUCCUGCAGUAAUCGGAAUUUUUCAAGGACACUACCCAGACCUGCCAGUAGUUCUGUACAUCUGUUUUGCAUCAGCCAUAUCCACUGCUGUUUUAUUUCCUGUGAUGUAUAAAUUAGCCACCUUACCUCUGUAAUAUGAAUAAAAAGAAAACAUCUCGGGGUCCAGAACACUUUGCCCUCUAAGUCCGUGCCAUAUAGAAAAGGAGGAAUGGAAAGAUGGAGGCAAAAUGAAUGAAAUGGAUUUUGAAGUUGUUGAACAAUGCAAUGAGGCAAUCUGUAGUUGUCUAGAAACGCUGAUGGUGUCCUCACCAAUUCCUCCUAAGCGCAUUGAUUUGGACAAACAGUUUGGUAUCUCUGUGGAAUGCAACGUUCGGUUCUUUACUUGUGACUGUGACCAAUACUUGACGAGAAACCACGGAAGGACUUAUUUUGGGUCACAGUUUGAGGGUGCUGUCUAUCAUGGAGGGGUGGGCAUGGCUACAAGAGGACCCAUGUAUCAGGAAUGUGGAGCUAGGAACCUUUUCCUUCACAUUAGGGAAGAACAGGAAACAGAGAGGGGACCAAAAAUGUGUACAGGUAUAAAAUCUCAAGCUCUGCCUCUAGUGAUGGACUUCCUCCAGAGAAACCUCACUUCCUCCAAAGGAGUCCACUUCCUCCAGAGAAGUCCCAUUUCCUCCAGAGGAGCCCCACUUCCUCCAGAGGAGCCCCACUUCCUCCAGAGAAGUCCCAUUUCCUCCAGAGGAGCCCCACUUCCUCCAGAGGAGCCCCACUUCCUCCAGAGGAGUCCCAUUUCCUCCAAAGAAGUCCCACUUCCUCCAGAGAAGUCCCGCUUCCUCCAGAGGAGCCCCACUUCCUCCAGAGAAGUCCCACUUCCUCCAGAGAAGUCCCACUUCCUCCAGAGAAGUCCCGCUUCCUCUAGAGGAGCCCCACUUCCUCCAGAGAAGUCCCACUUCCUCCAGAGGAGCCCCACUUCCUCCAGAGGAGCCCCACUUCCUCCAGAGAAGUCCCAUUUCCUCCAGAGGAGCCCCACUUCCUCCAGAGGAGCCCCACUUCCUCCAGAGGAGUCCCAUUUCCUCCAAAGAAGUCCCACUUCCUCCAGAGAAGUCCCGCUUCCUCUAGAGGAGCCCCACUUCCUCCAGAGGAGCCCCAUUUCCUCCAGAGGAGCCCCACUUCCUCCAGAGAAAUCCCAUUUCCUACAGAGAAGUCCCAUUUCCUACAGAGGAGUCCCACUUCUUCCAGAGGAACCCCAUUUCCUCCAGAGAAGUCCCAUUUCCUCCAGAGAAGUCCCGCUUCCUCCAGAGAAGUCCCAUUUUCUCCAGAGGAGCCCCACUUCCUAAAGGUUCCUCAACC